AAGUUAUAGUACCAUAGAAGAAGAAGAGGACUUCACUGUCUACAGCUCUGUGUGGAUAUUUGCUCCGUCCGGGUGAACACGAAAGAGGCAAUUCGGUUCAAGGAGCUACACCGAGCCUUUUCACAAAAAUACUUUGAUUUUGUACACAGAAAAUGGCGGUUCCUGCAGGUGCAAAUGUACAGAUGCACACAGAAACAAAGAACGACCUUGCAAAUCCAUCUGAAAAUGACAUUCACUUUGACGAGAAAGAAUUGGAAAACAUCACAAAUCACGUCGAAGAUGGCACAACACUGCCCCUGCACUCUCCGUGGACAUUUUGGCUUGACAGGUCAUUGCCAGGGACAACAGCAGCAGAGUGCGAAUCUAAUCUGAAAAAGAUCUACACAGUACAAACUGUUCAGAGUUUCUGGAGUGUAUACAACAACAUCCCUCCUGUGACUACCUUGCCUCUAAGAUGUAGUUAUCACUUAAUGCAUGGAGAGAGGAGGCCCCUAUGGGAAGAAGAAAGUAAUGCUAAAGGUGGAGUCUGGAAGAUGAAAGUACCAAAAGAAAGCACUUCUGCCGUUUGGAAGGAGUUGUUACUUGCCACGAUUGGAGAGCAGUUUGCCGAUUAUUGUGCUUCAGAGGAUGAAGUGGUUGGUGUAAGCGUUAGUAUUCGAGAUCGAGACGAUGUUGUUCAAGUCUGGAAUGGAAAUGCAUCUCUUGCUAGUGAAGCGAAUAUCUUAGGGAAAGUCUAUGAACUCCUCCCGCACAUAACUUUUAAAGCAGUAUUUUAUAAAUGUGAGUAUGGUCUUUUGUUUUCGUCAUUUAUUUUAAAAUGCAUUGUUUUGAAUGAUAAUUACCCAGCUGAGGGCGGGCGGGCUGUGAAUACUUUGGCUGCUAUGACGAUCUGCGAAAUCAUACUAUGUCUCUAUUUUUGAGUUUUGACUGUGGCAUUGUAGUCACACAAAAUAUGAAUAAUGUAGUUUGUAGUAUGUAGUUAUUUUUCAAGCUCAUUGAAAUUGAAAGACCUACGAAAAGGUUGAGGCUUUACCAUGCCUGCAUAUCUAUUCCAAUUUAUUCACUUACGGAAACACAACAUCCCCAUCAGCAAAGAUGAUUGAAAAAUGUACUAUACUACUAGCAUACAUACAAAGCAAAAGCGAGAACAGUCAGUUGCCGAUGUUGAAAGUUGCUACCGAACCUGACUUUCUACUGGUGGUAUUGACUAUUUAGAUACUAAACCUAACUGAUGGGAAUUCGUUAAUUUGAAGUAGCAGACACGUAUAAAAGCUUGCUAUCUAUUGAGCUAGAAUCCAAUAGGAUUUUCACACGCUUUUGGUUAGUUUCACCACUCUGUCUGCCCGCUCUCCAUCUACAUGCCCCCGCUGAGUAUUAGGCAUUUUUUUUAUCCAAGAUAAAAUAUUAGCUAUGUAUGUGAAGUCAAGGGUUUACAUUAAAUAUGACUGUUUUCGUCUUUCAGCUCACAGGGAACAUCAUGCCUUUGAAGGAGGGCGUUCACGACAUUAGCCUCUGCACUUUUUGAUAAAGCUCUAUUCUCGCCUGGAUUUAACCUUCUCUCCUCAACUUAAUCCAAAAUAUAAUUUUGCAUACUGUACAUCGAACCGAGGAAAACGUCAUAGAAUGUUAUUGAUAUAUAUUUUUAUAGAUUCAAAUGGCUGAGUUUCAGUCUGAUGCCUUUUAUUGUUUUGUUGUUCUUGAAACACAAUUCUAAAGAGAUUCUAUCUUUAAAGUACCGGUAGGUCUUUUUUAAUUUAGUGGGUCAUAAAAAA